UUUUUAUUCUAUUGUAAAUAUAUGUUUAUGUGUAAUUAAGAUUGUAUGUAAUAGAAUACCAACAUUUUUCAUUUUUCCAUAUUUCCUUCAUUAUACUUUAGUUUUCUUCAAUUAAAGGUUUCAGCAAGAAGUAUUGUAAUGAAUAAGCCAUCAAAAUAUUGUAGUUAAACGCUUUAUAUAUCUCAGGGAGUCAAACAAGGCUGUUCGAUCUCUCCGACAUUAUUUUCGAGACGAUCUGGCAACAUUGAUAAACAUAGACGGUAAAAACAUUGGCAUUUUCAUGUACGCAGAUGACGUCACACUAGUUGCUCCAACUGCUAACGCUUUACAACAUAUGCUUAAUAAACUGUACGAGUGGUGCAAUACGUGGAGAAUGACACUAAACACAACAAAGACCAAAAUCGUACAUUUUCGACCUCAUAUUUAAACCAGGAGCAAUCAUAUCUUCACAUUUGGGCCAUCAAAUCGUUUAGAAUAUGUUUCGAAAUAUCGAUAUCUAGGACGUUAAAUGAACAUCUUGAUGUGCGACAAACUGUUAAAAUACUUGCAAAAUCAGCAAAUCGUGCCUUAGGAAUGCUUAUUGCCAAAUCAAAUGUAAAGGGUGGACUACCAUAUGCAGUAUUUACAAAACUAUUUGACGCUCUUGUUUCCCCUAUUACUAGUAUGUUACAUGGUGCCGGCAUUUGGGGUAUUCGACAAUAUUCAGAAAUGAAUACAGUUCAAAACAAAGCAGCGAGGUAUUUUCUGGGUGUUGGACGUAGAGCACCAAAUGGAUCAACCAAAGGAGAUAUUUGUUGGACUUCGGUAUUUACCAAACAGCGAGUCGAGGUGACUAGACUUUGGUGCCGUUUAAAAAACAUGGCUACAGAUAGGACACCGAAACAUAUAUCAAAAUGGUCUUUUCGACAUCAUAAAUCUUGGGAAAAUCUCACCCGGAAAAUGUUACAAGAUCUGGACUUUACUCAGCUUAUCAACAAUGAUACUAUAUCUCGAGUUAAAUGCCAUCAUAACGAGGUCAAAGAAGCAUGCAUCAGAGCAGAUCACGUCGAAUGGCACAACUGUUGAGGACGAGUUUCAUUUUCUUUUACAGUGCAAUAGUUAUGAAGAACUGAGAACUCCAUUGUUUUUAGAUUGUGUUAAGGAAAUUCCUGACUUUCACCAGUUUAACCAUAUUCAACAAUUUUGCAAUAUUAUGUCAACACAGAGCCUACAAAGGACACUAUCCAAAACACUUAUAAAAAUGAUUUUAAAAAGACGUACUCUGCUGUGAUAAUUUAACCUUUUAUAUAGUCAUACUGAAUCUAGUCUCUCAUAGGUCGACACCGGCCGGGCCAGACGAUUUUAAUAUUAUUGUUUUAUAAUUGUAUGUAUUUUAAAUGGCGUGAGACAUAAAUAAAAUAUAACAUAAACAUAUAUCCAGAAGAAUAUCAAGCUGAUUAGAUAUAUGGUAUUAAAUAUAUGUAAUGUUACUGCUGAAUAAAAACAAUUAUUGA